ACGCCCUAUGCCGGAGGAACAUUCAAGGUCAAACUCACACUCGGCAGCGACUUUCCCCAGUCGCCCCCCAAGGGCUACUUUGUAACAAAAAUCUUCCAUCCGAACGUGUCCAAGCUCGGAGAGAUCUGCGUCAACACACUCAAGAAGGACUGGAGCAAGGAUCUGGGUAUUGCACAUGUGCUCCUGGUGAUCAAGUGCUUGCUGAUCGUCCCGAAUCCCGAGUCUGCGCUGAACGAAGAGGCUGGCCGCCUGCUGCUGGAGAACUACGAGGAGUAUGCCCGGCAUGCCCAGAUGAUGACGAGCAUCCAUGCCAAUCAAAAGGUCGAGUUUGGGAAGGAGAAUCGGUCAGGCUCGCCCACAGACGAAGAUCCCAGCACCCCGCAAUCAGGCUGCUAUGCACCGGCACCGACGACCAAAGCCUCCUCGAGCGGGCCCCACUACCGAGUCCAUCCGAUACCCCAAGGCGAGCACGGCUUCUCGAAACAGGGCGACUGCCACCGAGCCGGGGCCGCCGAUGGCCAGCGUGCAGGAGCCGAUGUGGUUAUGGCCAUGCACACCGACGGCCUCGAGGUCCUUGGGGUCAACAACGGGCCGAGCCUUGCCGGAAAGAAACGGCCGGCCGAGAAGCGGAUGGACAAGCCGGACAAGAAGCGGGCCAUGAUGAGGCGGCUCUGA